CUUAAUCUGGCAGACCAGAAGGAACGGCGUUCCCUCCUCUCUCCCUGAUGCCAGUCGACUCUGUUUUCAGAACUAACUUCAUACUGUGAGAGGACCAGCAGAUAUGGACGGAAAACACAUUGCAUGGAUGUUGAUGCUUCCCGUACUGGUCCUCCCGGGUGUAACGGGGACUACGGAGUCAGAUUUGAAAAAUAUUGCAUGGAAGCUUGUUUUCUAUCAAAUGGAGGGAAAUGCCACCUAUGUGAGAGACAGAGGAGAACUGGCGUGAUGUUCCACAGAGACCACGUUUGAAUUCUGUGAUCCCCAAAAGAAUUUCACUUACACAAACUUCACCUAUACAUGGGACCUAGGAACGGAAGUGAUUAAAGGCACUGAGCCGGUUGUCCGCUAUUAUUACCCAGAAUCAGGAAACUACACAAUGUGGCUGAAAGUGGGAGCGAAUGAGACCAAAUAUGCAGCUCCGGUCACUGAGUUCUACUCCACAGAUGUUCAAGUGCUUGAUGCCAUCAAACACAUCGAACUGAAGGGGCCAUCAGAAUAUGAGGUGUCGCAGGACAGCAGACUGACUUUUCAUGUUGAUGGAAGUCCUCCCAUGUGGGCUUGCUGGCGUUUCCUCCACAAUUGCGUGCCAGACAUGACGGAGGGCUGCACGCUGACCAUGCUGUAUGAUAACAUGCUCAAUCUGAACCACACCUUCACCUCUGCUGGCUUCCAUUGUCUGGACAUCAGCCUCCGUAACGACGUCAGCAAGCUGCAGACCUCCUUUAGCCUCUACGUCAGGAGGAACAAUAGUGCCCAAAUUUUCUUCAUCCUGUCAUGUGCCGCCAUUCUCGCAGCAACGUUGUCCUUCAUCACAGUCAUCGCCUGCCGCCCUCAUCACCACAACAAAGCAAAGAUUUCUGCUUCCAGUAAUGCCCUGUUUCAGAAGAACCAAGACUCUGAUGGUCAAAGCUCAAUUCUUUUGAAACUCUCCAACAUGGAGAGAGGAGAGAAAGAGCCACUUCUGUCACAACAUGGGACUCAAUGCUGCUCUUAACCAGCACACUGCUUUUUUUUUUCCUGCCUUUCGUCUGUGUGCCCCAUUAGUGUGGCUACAUACACAUGCAUGCAUUUGGCAAAGGAAAAUGCACACUGUCACCCUGUAUAUCCUGCAUGUCUCAAUAUAGAUAUAUAUUGCUGAAAUGUGCAUGAUCAGGGUGCAAGGCAUCAUCGCUUGAUAUGGCAUUGUCUAAAAAAAAUAAGGUGCCUGCAUAUAUUUAGCACUAAGCCCUGAACUGGGUUAAUUAAUGGUUUCACUGCUAAUGUUCACUUGGCUAAUAGGUCAAACAUUGCAUUUGUCAUAAAAUAAUGAUGGCGAUCAAUUAAUGAGUCACAGGGCUCAGGCUGACAUU